AUGUCGGAUAGUGAAGAAGUAUCAACCUCAGGCCGACCGGAGUUUCCGGAUCCAGAUCCGAAAGGGGGACCUGGGUCCAAGUUCCCUCUUCCUUCGUUGAUGAAAGCCAUCCUCGACGACCCGAGGGGCCAGGCCGCGAGGUUCCACAUAAGGGAUCCUUAUAUGCUAGUCCGACCGGAAGCCUUUCAUACGGUUCUUACUCCUCCCCCGGGCUGCACUGCGGUCUAUUACAAGUCUAUGGAGAUGGGGCUCCGAUUUCCGCUGACUCCCUUUGUGAAGGACCUCCUCAAUGCUUACAAUCUUUGCAUAAGUCAGAUCUCUCCGAACUCCUGGGGAGGAAUUGUUGCAUUUCAGACGAUAUGUGCCAUGUUGAGCGUCCGACCAACCCUGACCUUAUGGCGCAACAUGUUUAAGCUGGUCGAGAUGUCGGCGGGGGAUAAUGGCCCAGCUUGCUCUUUGACGCGCCUUUUAGAAUCCGACCCCGAAAUCGCUGAGAAACUUAACUACGCGGCAAUGAGGGCGGCUCAGCUGAAAGCCGAAUUGAAAGCCAAGAAGAUAGGCAUCCCAAAGAGCCCCAAGGAUCCUUCGAAGCCCAAGGCCUCGAAGAAGAGGAAAGAACGGGACCCGGAGAAGGUGGCCAAAACUGCCAAGGCCUUGGCCAAGGACCAAGCUGAGAAGGCUAAAAAGGCCAAGUCCAUAGAGGUUAAUAGCCCUCGCCCAGAGGAGAAGGCCGAUAAGUCCGAGGGGACCCGCAUUUCCGUCCACUCGGAGGACUUCCGACCAGUUCGGAGUCCUCAAUACACGCCGGCCACCCCUCGCGGCCCCCAUGACGACCCAGAGGAGCUCAGCCUUGCCUUGUCCAAGCCCUUUGCUGAGUUGGAUGUCCACGGGCUCGACACUCGCUGGACCAAUGCGGGCGAGUGCUUGUAUAGCCCGACCGACCGGGAAUACAUUGCGCAAACCAGGGCCCGGAGGAGACGAACGACCUGUUCCGCAGCUGGGUUGAGUUCUCCGCUCGGCUGGUCAACGUGGCUCGGAACAAAGUGCACCUGGCCGACAAGGUAUCUGACUUGGAGGCUCGAGGUAAAAAGCAUUAUGAGGAGCUUCGCGCUGCCAAAGAGGGCCAGAGGAUAG